ACUAGCAAGGGUGGUCAGGUAAUUUAAUUCAUUGCUAGCAUGACGUUACCCGGUGACAAACAUAGUAACCGGUUUCACAGCACUUGGCUCCCAUGUAUCUGUUUGCAUAUCUGCUUGGUUGUGGAUUCCUCCUGGCUGGCUGUAGAGCGUAGUGGUCCUGCCAAGCGCUUGUCCCUAACUCUCGGCCGAGGUCCUUGUACACUAGAGAGACACACUGCCCUAAAGCUGCGUCUCUGAAUCCUUACCAAGUCAUUGAGAUGGCUGAGAAUGGAGUAGAGGCGGAAGGAACACAGAAACGUGCCGGAGCCAAAGAAAAGCAAAAUGGAAACUUCACAGAUUCUUCUCUUCGAGAGAAAAAGCAGCAGGAUAGAGAAGAGCGGCUGUCCCUGGUCCUGUGGAAAAGACCUCUCCAAACGCUUCAGUAUUCAUUUCUAGAAACACUAAUAACAUUCAAAGAAUGGACACUUAAAUUAUGGAAUCGGAGAGGAACAGUGUUUUUGUUCCUAGUACUUUUAUCUCUUUUCUCAAUGGCCUACUCUAUGGAGGGAGCACAUCAGAAGUAUAUUCAGUAUAUGGAGAAGAGGUUCCUGUGGUGUGCCUACUGGGUUGGCCUGGGAAUCCUGUCCUCUGUAGGCCUGGGGACGGGCCUGCACACCUUCCUACUCUACCUGGGUCCACAUAUAGCCUCCGUCACCCUGGCUGCCUACGAGUGUGGCUCGGUCAACUUCCCCGAGCCGCCCUACCCCGACCAGAUCGUGUGCCCGUCCGAGGGGGCGCAGGGCAGCAUCACGCUCUGGACCAUCAUGUCCAAGGUCCGCCUGGAGGCCUGCAUGUGGGGUGCUGGAACGGCCAUUGGGGAGCUCCCUCCAUACUUCAUGGCGAGGGCAGCGCGGCUGUCGGGAGCGGAGCCGGAUGAUGAAGACUACGAGGAAUUUGAGGAGAUGCUCGGGCAGGCAGAGACGGCCCAGGAUUUUGCCACAAGAGCAAAACUUGCAGUUCAGAACAUGGUUCAAAGAGUGGGCUUCUUUGGAAUUCUCGCUUGUGCAUCUAUUCCCAACCCUCUGUUUGACCUGGCCGGCAUCACGUGUGGUCAUUUCCUGGUUCCUUUCUGGACCUUCUUUGGGGCGACGCUCAUAGGCAAAGCCAUCAUCAAGAUGCACAUCCAGAAACUGUUUGUUAUCAUAACUUUCAGCAAGCACAUAGUGGAGCAGAUGGUGUCACUUUUGGGUGCUAUCCCGAGUAUUGGACCAUCCCUCCAGAAGCCCUUCCAGCACUAUCUGGAGGCCCAGCGACUCAAGCUGCGCUCUCGGGGCGGAGAAGGUACCCCUGCGGGAGAGAACUGGCUGUCCUGGGUUUUUGAGAAGGUGGUCCUCGUCAUGGUGUGCUACUUCAUCGUCUCUAUAAUCAACUCCAUGGCACAGAGCUAUGCUAAACGCAUCCAGCAGAAGAAAUACUGUGAGGAGAAAACCAAGUGAUAGACUGCAGACCUACAUAAUCCUGAUGUCCUGAUCCCCAUCAGGAUGCUAACAAGAAUUGAGGAGUUGGGGGUUGAAAAAAAAAGAACAUUUUGAAAGAAGUCAAAAACCGGCAAAAUGAGGGCCUUCUUCAUGUGUACUUAUUUUUCUGACAUCGGGGUCCCUUAAGUUUCUGCAGCCCUGUUUUGCAGCUGUCUGUCAGGUGAGUUGGGAGAUUGUACUCUAAAAACAUGUUAAUAUUCUCAUCAUCGUCUUAUCAGGACCUUGCAGACGAGCAUAGGCAGCAGUCUACUGAAGGUGUUGCCUUUAUGCCUUAUGCAAUGACAGGGGUGAUGCUUCUAUGGAAGUGGAAACCAAUCUUAAUCACUAGAUUGAUUUUAUUUAAUUAUGAUUUUUUUUUUCUUUGUCUGUGCAUAACUUGUGUGAAUGAGCUAUUGGGACUUAAGUGUCGGACUGAUUAAAUGGAGAAUGGUGGGGUGUUUUGUUUUCGGUUAAUGUUCUCUUUUUAUGUUGUCAUUGUUUAUAAUUGUUCAUCAAAGAUAGCAAUAUUGAAUCCGGUUAACGUGGUAUUUUAACAUUUUUGCACAUUGUGUAAAUAGUUACCAUUUUUUGACACAAUUGACAUGCAUUUUGAUGUCUCAACCGAAGUGGACGUAAAAGAAAUUACUCGUUACUAAACAGUUAAGUAUCUCGUAUGACCAAUCUAAACCUGUACAGCUAAACGAAAAACUAAAAUGUGUUACCAGAUUCUAUAAAACUGCCUCAGUCUGUCUUGUUUCGAUGUCUGGAAAUUUUUGUUUCUAAAUAAAGAUUAUUUGUAGAAAUCUA